AUGGGCUGCAAUCGAAACUGUGGGCUCGUUGCUGGUGCUGUCAUUGGUGCAGUCCUGGCUGUGUUUGGAGGGAUUCUAAUGCCAGUUGGAGACAUGCUUAUUCAGAAGACAAUUAAAAAGGAAGUUGUCCUUGAAGAAGGCACAAUUGCCUUUAAAAAUUGGGUUAAAACAGGCACAGAUGUUUACAGACAGUUUUGGAUAUUUGAUGUGCAGAAUCCAGAUGAAGUGGCACUUAAUAGCAGCAAAAUUAAAGUUAAGCAAAGAGGUCCUUACACGUACAGAGUUCGUUAUCUAGCCAAGGAAAAUAUAACCCAGGACUCUGAGACCCACACGGUCUCUUUCCUACAGCCCAAUGGUGCCAUCUUUGAACCCUCGUUAUCAGUUGGAACUGAGGAUGACAUGUUCACCAUUCUCAACCUGGCUGUAGCUGCUGCACCACAUCUCUAUCCAAAUUCAUUUGUUCAAGGAAUACUCAACUCACUUAUCAAAAAGUCAAAAUCUUCUAUGUUUCAAAACAGAACUUUGAAAGAACUAUUGUGGGGCUAUACAGAUCCAUUCUUGAAUUUGGUUCCAUAUCCUGUUGUUACUACAGUUGGUGUGUUUUAUCCUUAUAAUAAUACUGCAGAUGGAGUUUACAAAGUUUUCAAUGGAAAGGAUGACAUAAGCAAAGUUGCCAUAAUUGACACAUACAAAGGCAAAAAGAAUCUCCUUUAUUGGUCAAGUUAUUGUGACAUGAUUAAUGGUACAGAUGCAGCCUCAUUUCCACCUUUUGUUGAGAAGACAAGGAUAUUGCGAUUUUUCUCCUCUGAUAUUUGCAGGUCUGUCUAUGCUGAGUUUGCAGCUGAAAUGAAUCUGAAAGGAAUCCCUGUGUAUAGAUUUACUCUUCCAUCCUUGGCUUUUGCAUCUCCAAGUGAAAAUCCAGACAACCACUGUUUCUGCACAGAACAAAUUAUCUCAAAAAAUUGUACCUUAUAUGGUGUGCUAGACAUUGGCAAAUGCAAAGAAGGAAAACCUGUGUACAUUUCACUUCCUCAUUUUCUACAUGGAAGUCCUGAACUUGCAGAACCUAUUGAAGGCUUAAGUCCAAAUGAAGAAGAACACAGGACAUAUUUAGAUGUUGAACCUAUAACUGGAUUUACUUUACGGUUUGCAAAACGGCUGCAGAUCAACAUACUGGUCAAGCCAGCAAAAAAAAUUGAAGCAUUAAAGAAUCUGAAGCACAACUAUAUUGUGCCUAUUCUUUGGCUUAAUGAGACUGGUACCAUUGGUGAUGAGAAGGCAGAAAUGUUCAGAAAUCAAGUGACUGGGAAAAUAAACCUCCUUGGCCUGGUAGAAAUCGUCUUGCUCAGUGUUGGUGUGGUGAUGUUUAUUGCUUUUAUGAUUUCAUACUGUGCAUGCAGAUCAAAGAAAGUAAAUUAA